AUGGCACCCACCAACAGGCUUCCCUUCAUUAUGUCUCUCCCCUUCUCGCUCUUGCUGGCUCUUUACUUUGUCGUUUUUACGUCUGCAGAGCCUGUCUCAGUGACUUUCGAUGACUGCUUCUCCGGCAAUGACUCUCUCAAGCUCGAUAUUUCCACGGUUUAUGCGCAGAUUCUUACUACAGAAUCCUUGGGCAGACAUCUCAACUUCACUGUCAUCGGAGAGACAACACAGGAAAUUGUCGGCACUAUUCAAGGAAGUCUGGACUUGGCGACCCUCUUCACUUCCUCGGAAAUGCUCACUUUCAGCAUAUGGAACAAUAACACCUAUCUUUGCGACUCCAUCCGACCAGCCUCUCCACUUCCAUCGCUUGACAACACAACAAACUAUUGUCCCAUUGCACCGGGCGCCUUCGCCUUGUCGUCUUACGUGCCAUUACAUUCCAGCCACGAGUUAACGACACUCCAGACACGAUUGCGCGCAGUCGACCCCAACACACAGGAGAUUUUCUGUAUUGAUCUCGACACCACUCCUCUUGACCCAGGCACCGUUAAUUCUGUGUACGGACAUGCCCGAAUCAUUCUGUGGUCAACCGUCGCACUUGCCGUUGCUUACUGGAUAUUAGUUGGUGUGGCUCGCAUAAGCUCGGCAUGGGGUCGUAGAGCGGGUUGGUCAGGUCGUGGAUUUCUUUCCAGCUUGGAAAAUGCUGGGUUUGUCCUGGCCAGUGCAAUUAGCGGCGAAGGGCUCGCAAAGUCACCGGCCCUCAUUCGGUUCUCAACACCUUCCAUGAGAGAUAUAUUCUUUCAUUCUCAAUGGUGCACGGCCUUGUCGAUGGUGGCCGUUCAGUGGCCCAAUUUUGCAUAUCCUUUGCUCUCGCAAACAGCCUGGUCUACUCUUUCCUUCAACAUCACUUUCACGCAAGGCAAAGACGGCGAGCAAGAGCAUUGGAAUCCUGUCUUUGCGCCUCCCUUCGAGCCGCCUUCAAAUUUCUCCGACCAAAUCAACGAUGAGACAUCCCCUCUUUACCUCAACGCCAGUGUUCCCAACACACUUUUCACGUUACCUUCGAACGCCACCGAUGGCCUUUCAUCCUUUGCCUACACGAUCGGUGUUCGUCCGCAAGAUCUCUUUGGGAUUUGCAUGUCACUGUUCCUUUGCAUUGCCGGAGGAACCAUAGCAUUAGCAUUCCUGAUAUGGGCCUUAGACUCGAUUGCAACGGCGUUGGACAAGACCAUUGGAGGUCGCCGUCAGGGCCCGAAUCUUCCCGCCAGACGGUAUUCCACGGGCAGCAAGGAUAUGCUGGAUGCGGUCUCCGCUCAACCUUUAGACGAAGAACGCUCCCACAACUCUCAUUUCCUCCUCCGUUCCACCAAUCGUUUCCCUGCGACCACACGGAAGCACUGGGGUAAAUUGCGACCCGACUUCAGUUCUUUCCAUUUCAGCGUGUUGAGCGGCAACCUUGUUCGGAUUCUCAUGCUCUUCCAUCUUCCCAUCACCAUAUUUUCCUGCUACCAGUUUUCAUUAGGUCAAGCCCACGCCACGACGGUAUCCGUAGCUCUGGCGGCCAUAUCCUUCGCAGUCUUUUCCGUCUUGAUCCCACUUAUCCUCAUUAUACGCCUGUUCAUGACACCAACCAACAAACUCUAUGACGAGACAUGGACCCUGUUAUCGUUAGGCCCUCUCUAUAACCUUUAUCGACAUGGUUCGCAGCUUUUUGCGUGCCUGUUUUUCGCCACCAGCCUUGCGUUUGGCAUCACAAUUGGUUGUGGACAAAAAAGCGGUACGGCGCAAGCCAUCGUCAUCCUGGUUAUCGAGGUGGUCUCGUCGCUUGUGACGAGUAUUUGGUUACCCUGGGGACAUGGAGCAAGUAUGGGCUUGAUCAGCUUCUUGUUCUGUGUGGCGAGGAUAGUCAUUGCGGUCCUACUGGUCAUUCUCACCCCGACAGUCUCGAUUGGUAAUGAAGCAGGCCAAUGGGUGGCCUACGCCAUUCUAUUCAUCUUGGCGUUAAUCUACCUCGCAUUCGUGCUCAUGCUCAUCCUCAAGGUCAUCGAGGCGCUCGUACGUAUCUUCGGAGGCGUUAGAUUCGAUCGAAGUAGACAUGCCGUCGACGCAGGUCUCCUCGGGGCUUGUGGGCUUGUCGGGUGUUGCGGGGACAGGAAACGGCGACCUCGUAAACAUCGCUACAAGAACUCCGACGCACCCCAAUCAGGAUCUUACUCCCUCUCACGUCCAGCGACUGUGAAGGACAUCACCCCGACCCCAUCAGGACCUCCGUCUGUUCUCCGUCCGGAGCAUGCCCUUCGUCCGUACAAAGAAGAGAGUGACGAUGAGAACGGGUACAUUAUGGGCGCGUGGCAACCGUUCCCUCGACCAGGGUACAACACGGUCGAAAGUCCUGCAAGCACACCUCCUGCUACGAAAUCGGGCUUCUCCCGCGUCGGAGGUGGACGAGCACACUAUGACUCUCCGUACGCAAUCGCCUCGGGUUCUACGCUCGCUUUCCCUUCGGCGGACUCUAAUCGAACCGCACCACACAUCUCCAACGACUCCUUGGCCGCAUCGUUGCCGAGAUCAACUGCCGAACGUCCAAGCGUCUUUCCACCAGGCGCCAUACCACCCCACAUACGCAAGAAGUCGCAAUCUGCAAUCAUUGAGGAUGUUGCUGCUCUGUCCAUACGGAGCAGUCCUUUGAGCACGCAGCCUCCUCAACUUCCCGCACCGCGUCGCCAAUCCCUCCAUCCAGAAGUUGGUCUCCUCGACGUCGACGACGAUUUCUCUGAGGCUCCGAAGAAGAAACAUUGGUUCCAGCUUCGCAAACCACGGCGCCAUAGCGAGGGAGACGAUAACCGUCCGUCAGACGUACCUGUCUUUGAGGAUGAUGAGCCGGAGGGGGGCCAAGGGCGAUCGUUCACGGUGGUGAGGGCUCGUAGAGCAUCACAGCCGUUGGGGAGAAUGGCGGGUGCUAGUGGAAGUGGCGGCGAUGCCGGUCCUUCGAGUGGUGCAACUCCGACACCUGGGAGAUCAUUCGUCGUCGUUCGUGGUAAAGACAAUGCUCCUUCAUGA